AUGUCUUCAGAUGAGAAACCCCAAGAUCUGGACACUAGCUCCCCGACUAGAGAAGAGCCGCAACAGCAACAGGAGCCCGAGCGUCAGCAACAGGAGCCCGAGCGUCAAGAGCCGGAGCCUCAACAGCAACAGCAACAGGAAGACAACGAAGAAGAUGCCGGCGGCGACUCCGACAACGCAUCGGAGCCGGAGCAACAGCAGCAAAACGGACAGCAAAACGGACAGCAAAACGGACAGCAAAACGGCAAAGUAGGCGAGCUGAGCGAAGACAACUCCGACGACCAAGAGGACAACGAGCCAAAGACACCCCCCCAGCAAGAACAACGCCGCCGCCGGUCAAGCGGUAACCGCGAAAAGGCCCAAACCGAGACCAAGCCCCAGUCUCGCCGGAGGAGAAGGGCCCCCUUCCAGCGCCAAGUAGAAGACGACGACGACGAGAGAGGCCAGUCCAUGGUGCCUCACCAGCAGCGCGACCAGCAGCAGCAGCAGCAGCAAAUGUAUCAGCCGCAGCAGCAGCAGCAGAUGUAUCAACAGCAGCAGAUGCAGCAGCAGCAGAUGCAGCAGCAGCAGAUGCAGCAGCCGCAGAAGAAGGAGGACGGGAAGAACCCGCUCAAGCUGCGGCUCGACCUGAAUCUAGACAUCCAGAUUGAGUUGAAGGCAAAGAUCCACGGAGACUUGACACUGGCUUUACUGUAA